GAAGCGCGGGGAUUUCACGUCUUUCCAUCUCACUACUACCACCAUAAUUCUUUUGUCAAUAAAUUGCUAUAUUCGGGAUGGGAGGUUCGGAUUUUGAAGAUGAUGAGUUGUUUAAAGACUUAUAUGGUGAAGAGAAUGAUGUUGAGAAAUCGAAAGGGACAGACGAAUCAAAAAAUGAGCCAAAUCAGGCCAAAAAUGAAAUUGUAGAAGUCGGUGAAGAAGAAGAAGCCGCGAAAAAUGAACAAAUUGGCGAAGAAAAAGACACAGAUGCAUUAGGCUCGAACCCAGUAGAAACAGAAAAGGAAGGAGCCAAUGUAGAAGAAAAAUUAUAUCGAGGAACGUAUGAAGAAAAUGGAACUGAAGGCAAGGAGCCUGCGGGUAAUGAGGAUGAAGAGCCAGAUCAAAUCUCCGCUAGCUGGGAAGCAGCUGAAAGCACUGAGAACUCCACUCCUUCGUAUACAAACGUAGCAAAUCCAGCUGCUAUGUCUUAUUCCGAGAGAAGACAGCAGGAAGAACCUAAAGAAGACCAAAGCCCUUUUAAUAAAGAAGAUGGAAAAAUGUUUAUUGGUGGCUUGAACUGGGAAACUACUGAUGAGUCUCUUCGUGAUUACUUUGAACAGUUUGGUGAAGUUUUGGACUGUACAGUUAUGCGAGACAGUACGAGCGGACGAUCACGUGGAUUUGGAUUUUUGACGUUUAAGGAUCCCAGAUGUGUAAACGAGGUGAUGUCGAAAGAACAUCAUUUAGAUGGUAAAAUUAUUGACCCGAAGCGAGCAAUUCCUCGUGAAGAACAAGAAAAAACAGCAAAGAUGUUUGUAGGUGGAGUUCCAGGGGAUUGCACAGAAGAAGAAUUCCGUGAUUUCUUUAAUAAUUUUGGUCGAGUAUUAGAUGCGACGCUAAUGAUGGACAAGGACACGGGACGGCCCCGUGGAUUUGGAUUUGUAACCUUUGAAAAUGAAGCAGCGGUGGAGGCAACAAUGUCUCAACCGUAUAUUACUAUUCAUGGAAAGCCUGUGGAAGUAAAGCGUGCUACGCCAAAGUCGAGUUUGCGAGAUAGCCAUGACCGACAUCAGCAUAAUUUCCAUGGUGGCAUGAACCCGUAUUAUUCACAAAAUAUGAAUAUGUACGGAGGUAUGACACCUGCUAUGAUGGCGCAAUAUUAUCGUCAAAUGCAGCAGUAUAUGGAAGCCAUGCGGAAUAUGCCAGCAGCAGCAGCUGGCACGAUGCCUUAUACCCAGCCCGUGAUGCCCGCCGGCAUGGCAGAGUGGCAACAACAACAACAACAACAACAACAACAACAGCAAGGAGCUGGUUAUUUUGAUCCAUCAAAAGGCCCUGGGGAAGCUGGUUCAGGAACUGGACGAGGUGGAUAUCACAAUCGAAAUCCUGGUGGACCCAAUCGACAGCGAUAUCGUGGCCGUCGCGGUGGGUCUACGGGAGGCGGUGGACAUAGCUUUCAUCCCUAUCGUCGAUAAAAAGCCCAUGCAUGUUAAAGUGGAUGUUGACAUGAAGCAUCCUUUUUAGGACAACUUCUUGUUGUUUGAAAGAAAAAUCUUUGACCAUAAUUUUUUCUUGUAAUAUUCCCUUUCAUAAAGUACCUUAUUAUUAUUUAGAGUGCUGUUUUUUUUUCUAAUAAAAAAAACAGAAAUGGCGUUUUGAUUCCGCCAUUUUCUAAUACAUUCAUGUUGUAAAAGU